AUGAAUUGUCUUUCUUGCAAAUAUCAUUUUAAUAAAUAAGCAUUGUUUAUUGUUUGGAAUAAGGAUUAAUUAAUGUUUAUUUGUGAAGAAUGCAUAAGUAGUAAUAUAAUUGAUACAAAUACAUAAUCGAAUAAAUGGAAAAAAUUAGUUAUUGAAAAAGCAAUAAGAGAACCUGAUCACUUUUUUUCUUAGUUUGAAUUAAAUGAAAAAAAUAAGAUUAGGAUAUAAGCAUUGUAAAAAUAUUCAUUCGAAUAAUUUAAAUAUUUAAUUGAAAAUACAGAAAAACAUAUUCAAGAGAUAUAAUGUAUAUUGGAUAGAAUUAUAAAUGAUUUAAAACUUGAAGUAGUGAAUAUCAAUGAAAAUAAAUAUAAUCAUAGAAAGUAAUUAGAAUAAGUAAAUAUUAUUUAUAUAAUAGGUAUAAAUAUAUUAAAAUUUUAGAUCUACAUUAGAUUUAGUUUAUAAUUCAUAGACUCAAAUAAAUUUAGAAAUCAUAAAUUAAUGUGAAAAUAAUUUAAAAUAAUUGUGUCAUAAUAUUGAAUCUAAUCCAAUUUAACUUAAUACACAAUUAGAAAGAAUAUUUAUUAAUUGUAAUAUUAUUAAAACAUAAGAAUUUUAACAUAAUAAAUAAUUGAAAGAUUAAUUAUAUCAAAUUUAAUUAUUAAUAUAACCAUUUAAAAAUAAGUAUAAUUGUUUAUCAUCUAUUGUAUCUGAAGAAUUUUUAGAAGAAUUACUUGCAAGAAUUUAAUUGAAUUCAAAAAAGAAAAUUAUAAAAACUAAUUUAAUAUUUGAUGGUAAAAAUGAUAGAUUAAAUGCAACUAUGUUUUGGAAAAAAGUUUAAAAUAAAGAGAAUUUAUUAAUGAUUUUUAAAUCAAAUAAAAAUUAUAUUUUUGGAGCUUACUCUCCUUGUAAAUGGGUAUAUACUAAAAAUCAUAGUUAUGCAGAUAAAACUAAAUCUUCAUUUAUCUUUUCCAAAACUAAUAAUACUUUUCAUCCCAUUCUAGAUAAAGAUUACAAAGCUAUCAAUUGUAAUAAAACAAAAGGACCUUGUUUUGGAUAUUGUGAAAAUGGAGAUAUAAUAGAAUAUGAUUUAUCUAUUGAUGAAGACUUUUAAGGAGGAUGUUCAUAUUUAGGAAAUAAUUAUCUUUGGAAUAAUGAUGAAGCAUAAAAAUUAAAUACUCAUCUUUUUGGAUAAAUUUAACCUAAAAUUAUUAAUUGUGAAAUAUAUGAGAUUACAUUUUCAUGA